UUAGUUGGGGACGUUGAGGUUAGUUUGGGGGUUAUGAGUUGAAGGCGAAAAUGGAUCUAGAUAAUGAAAAUAUAAACAUUAAAACUGAAUACGAUGUAGAUCCCGAUUAUGAGAGCACUAAUACUGCAAUUAGGAGAGUGGAAAUUCAAGAAGAAGAAGAAAACCAAUUAACAGAGCAUAAACUAAAAACAAUCAUCCAAGAAGAAUUUGACAAAGAACUAAAUGUUAGGAAAAAGCAAUUAGAAGAAGUAGAAGAAAAAAUCUUUAAAGCUCAAAAAUUGCUACAUAUUCUUCGAUAUGUUUUAGUUUCGACCUAUUAUAAUAACAAGUCUUUAGAAUGUGAACCUUCUGCGUCAUCCAUGCAGUUUCCUAAUAUAUUGCAAGGUCAAAACAGAAUACAUCCAGCUAUAAAGAAGCUAUUAGGUCAAAAUGAAAACAGCUUAAAAGUGCUUACUUCCCGCCUUAAAAGAAAACCUGUGAUUCCAAAAUCUGAUUCUUCUGAAUUAACUCACUUGGAGGAACCUGCAACAAAGAAACCAAAACUAGAACCUGAUAGUUCUCCUGUGCAAAACAAUGUAAUCAAACUAGAGCCUAGUAUUCCAGCUGUUAAUGUUGAUGAACCAGUUACAAAUAGAAAUAAGGUUCAACACAAAUUAGUAAUAGGUAAUAUAUCUUACUUUAAGAAGUCAAUGGAACAACAUAAUCUUACACACAAGUGGAUGGUGUAUGUAAAGCUAUUUAAGGGAAUCAAGAAUGGACCAGAAGUUACAAAUUUAGUUAUUAGCAAGGUAGUUUUUUACCUUCAUCCAUCCUAUAAGCCCAAUGAUGUGGUAGAUAUAAGUCAACCGCCGUAUCAUUUAUCGAGAAGAGGAUGGGGAGAGUUUCCAUUAAGAUUGAAAAUCUUUUUUAAAUCAUCCAUGAAUAAACCUGUAGAUGUGGUACAUCAAAUUAAAUUAGACAAUACAUUCACUGAACGACAAACAUUGGGAAAUCAAACUGAGGUGCCUAUUUUCCUUUACGACAGUACUCCAAUCAUUAAAGAAAACCAUAUUGAUGCUAGUGGUUCCGAUUCCAAUGAAUGGUACACCAAACAAUUAAAUAACAAUAUCUUUACCGCUGUAAGUGGCCUGGAUACUUUGGCAGAUACCGACGAUUCAAUUAUAAAUGACGAAAUUGCCGACAUGGAAACAGUGGUUAAGUCAGAAUACUCUUCAGAAAAUGAACAUGAUUAUUGUUGUGACAUUAUAAAACAGGAGGCUGAUAAAACGGCGUAUGCAAUCGUACGUCGCGAUCAUGCCUACAAUUUGCCAAGAUCUUUCAUGAGAUUUAGAAAAUCAUUUAAAAAAAUCAGGAUACCAGUGAGGCAGGCCUAUAAUGAACUAAUUUAUGGAUUAGGUCCGAAUUAUCUUGACGGUUCGAAGUUACCAACUAGAAAAAUUAGGAGGAAAAUUGGUGAAAAGGUGUCACAAAAUAUUGGCCACACUGACAAGAAUAAUUCAAAGGAAUUCAAAGUUUUGAAGACUGUUACCGGACAAUCUAUCCGCUUCUUACCAGAGAGCUUUAAUCAGGUUCUAUUAAACAAUGACAAAAUAAUAUCCGUUCAAUUUUUGAAAAACCCAUCCACGAAAAGUACAACAAAACGAGAAAAGUCAAAUCGUGAAAAGAGUUUAUCGUUCGAUUUAGAGCAUCACGGCGAUCCUUUAAAUUUACCUGAUAGAUCACUCCUUUUAAAUUUCCCAAAAACUAAUUCGUUCAAAAAUAUGGGCGAAGCCCUGCCUUAUAUGUUUAAGAUGUUACCCCUAUGGACGGACCAGGCAGAUUGUGAUAGUUACAAAAGAAUAUAUCCCUAUGCAGCCAGAAGUGAGAGUGAAUAUCAUGAGUGGAAUGUGGGCAAGAGACUCUCUUCGGAAUGGUCAAGAGCAAAAGCUAUUAGGCGAAUACUUUCAAAAGAAGCAUAUUGCAAAGGGUGGUCGACCAAAGCCAUUUUUAUGUACGGACGAUCCCAUUUGUUCACACCGGUAGUAUCCAGCUAUAAACUAUUUGAACAUAACUCUCCUGAAAAACAAUUAAUUUUAAGUUGUUUUUCUAAUAGUUCCACUUCGGCUAAAAACGGAUUUUCUUCAAUUCGUCGGAAUAGCGAAAGCACUAUUAGUAUAAUAUCACCUGUUAAAUCUGUGAUAGAUCCCAUCGAUCAUAAUUCCACCAACCAUUACAUAGAUAUUUCCGAUAAAAAAUUAUUGCACGAAUGUGCCUUUGUCAGAGAAGCUGCACUGGACGCUGGUGUCUUACUAAAACCCGAAAUUCUUCAGGACGGCAUACUGAUGAAUGCAGCAGAGCGAGUUGUUUUAGAGGCAGUCAAAUGUUUUGCUGAAAGUUUAAUUAGGAGAGCGAGGAACUUUUUAGUUUGUCGUCAAAUGAACUAUAGCCCUCACUCUUCAGAGAUAUCUAUUAGUGAUAUAUCAAGAGCUUUAGAAGAACGAAAAGAAUUUCAAUCGAUACAGAAGUUCAGAGAAGAUAGACUAGCAAAGGACUUCUUUUUCUGAAUAUACAUAAUAAGACUGUCACUAAGAAUUUUAUAACAAAAAUGUAUAAUAUAUUUUUAAGUACACAAUUUUAAGGACAA